CAGAACUAUGUCUCUAAAAUUCCGUCAAUACAACAAUGUUUUCUCCGCCUCUUCAUUUUUCAAAUGUUGUGGCAUAUACAUGACAAGUCGGUAAAUUGUAUGCGUUCCCUCACUCCAGUGACGGAAAAAUCCCUUGAAACUGUCCUCCAGCACAUUGAAGAUACUUGUAAAGCGAUACAUACUCCACUCUUUAAUCCCUGUAGCAUUUUAGUCAACCACUCGUAUAUAUCUAGCGAAGAUGAACUCUCAAAAUCAAAUAUGGAUUUCGAAAAGUCAUCAGCUGUGGUAGAACAACUAUGUACCGUAGCACCGAACUUUCGCAGUCUUAGAAAACAGGUUCGCAUGCAACGAAUACACUUGGACUUCGUUUCCUAUGACACUGAUGUAGUUGACCAGUUUGCGAAGUAUUUUGAGAGUAUGCUUGUUUCCCAUUCAUAUGGGUCCCUUCAAUAUAUUAAUGGGUACUACUACCUAUCAAGCUUUGAAGAGACUUCUGAAAGCGUUCUAGAGAAACGACACGCGAAGAGAAGUUGCAGGGACGGUAACACAACUAACUAUUUUCCUGGUGUUGGAAAUUUCAGCUCUGGUUUUCAAGACCCAAGUGUUACCAUGGAUAAGAUUUCUUCACAUCAGUCAUCGUUUCCUGAUAGUAUGGCUAUUGCUCAUACUUCACAAAAGAGGGCACUUGCUAGGUCUCUAAAAUAUCAAACUCAUAUGAAUGUUUCAUAUGUUGGCAAUGAUUCGUGUGGAAAUAAAGGAUCAUACUUAUCCAAGCAAAAUCCUUGUCGAACCCAUAGAUCAUAUUCACUUUCUAGUUUUGACUCUCAUUAUUCCGAAAAGGACAAUGAAGCUGUCUUUAAAAGUAAUCUUGUUAGAAGCAGUAUAAGCCUAUCCGAAAGUAAUUCAAGAAAAAGUAUACAUUCACUUGUCUUAGAUGAAUAUAUACAAUCAUCAAAUAAAUCCAUGCCAUUUUGGUUUAUAUUCCGUAUUUGUUCCAACUCGGUUAGCGUUUUCUUUCAUCAUACAGAUUUACACAUCAAAAGCAUUCACGGUCAAAGGCAGUGUCAAGAUUUAUCACUAUCCAAAUUUGCACUGCCUAAAAAUUCAUCAUACCAAACUUAUGAGGAUAUAUUGUUACUUGAAUGUCCGUACUGCACUAUUUAUCAAAAUGUAGUGAGUUCCAUUUAUUCUGUCAUUCGAAUGCUCAAUCAGAAGCUGUUGUUGAAUAAACUUUAUGAUGAACGUCUAUGUGAUCAGCUUUUGUUGCCACCCGACGAAGUGGAUAUGAUUACAAAACGCGAAGUAGUUAGUUCAUCUGAAUGGGAUGAAAGCAACACUCGAAAUGGAUCUUUUAAUGCGAGUAAUUUUCGUGGAUGGAAAGUCCGAAAUAGACGUCAUCUCCGUUCAUUCAUUCAUCAUAUACCUCCAACAGAUAAAGAAAAAGCAGCUUUUAGUUGUCACAAAUUGAAGACCCACUCAAAUAAUCCUAGUCAUAUCGACAGAACUAAUUGCAUAAAAUCUUCCAGAAUACACAAUACCAAACAACAUUCCGUGAAUAUCGGUGGUAAUCAAAAGAAACUCCCAUUGCGGGGCAAAAUUUGGCCACCUGGUGUAUUUGCUUGUCCAGUACAAAUGACCAGCUAUAUUUAUUUACAUCCUCGUGUCUUUCUUAACUGUCAAAUAUAUUCUGUUGAAAAAGGCAGACGUAUCAUUCCGGUCCUUCGUCGGCUUCUGGAAAAUUUGGCCAUAACAAACCGAUCUAAUAUGUUCUUCCUCAUUGAUCACCCUUCCAAAACAGAUUCAAUUUCUGCUUUUGCCAAGCAAAAACGACAGUCUUAUUGUGACUCAGAGGUGCAGUUAAUACACUCAUUAUCAGAAUCUUCACAAGACCCUGUGUUUUAUAUGUUAUUGAAAGAAAUUACUACUGCAACAUUUUCAUCCGAGCAGCAAUCAGGUCUAUUAGAUAAACGGACAAGUCAAACAGAACCAAAGCAUUUAUUAGAACCUAAGUCAAGUACCAAGAUAAAUAAAGUCAAACAUAUUUCUUCAGAUGUCCUCACUUCAACCUACUUUGGCAGUUCUGAAGAAACUUCGAAAAAUAUUCACAAAGGCAUCCGAUUUGCGGGCAAUUUAAAGAAAACUUACAAGCACAAUGACCACAUUGGGGAAAAUGUUUUGCAAAUAACUCUUCAUGGUAUAAGUCAACCUAGCAGGCGACUUUGUUCUUCUGUUCACCAUAUGCUACAAACUCGUUUAGAUGGACUUGUUCUUCAACAUAUAUCAGACAGUCUUUCUCGAAACGCCAUUAAUCGUCUUACGUUGGAGGACUUUACGUUUUUACUCAAUAGGCGAAUUGAACAACCCCUCAUUCACUUUUAUAUCGCACUACCUAAGUUUCUAACGGGUAAUGAUCGUAGUUUGUUUGUUAGUCAAGCAGUUCUCUCUUUUUGCCACUACUUUCGACAAAAUCUUCUUUUAUUCUUAACUCCAGUUAAAAUUGAUGAUGAUACUAAAAAGCGUCUGAAGGAACUAGGUAAGGCUGAGUUAUAUCUUUUCAAUCGUCCAAGCGCUCAGGGUUUCUCUAAACAUGGUGUUGCAACUAUCUUGAUCCAGCUUAUGAUAACUUCUGGCGAUAAAACACCUCAAAAAAAUUAUAGCUUCACUAGGCCUUACGUUAUUACGGAAUCCACAUCAUCUGAUGAACCUGCUUGUCCUGGAAUGUCUUGCAAUCUGUGUUUUCAAGACAUGUCUAAAGCAAUUAGGAAUUUCUCUGAAGUUAGUAAGUCUGAUUUACAGAAGCAUCCAGUACCAAGACUUGUUUUAUCAGUUCGUAUGUGGGAGCGGGGACAUUCUGAUCUGAGCAACUUAAAGAUGCGCCUGAUGACUUCUGUUCAUCAUGCUCUCUACGAUCUAAUAACAGAACAUCUUGUUUUGACUUCGCCAUUAUUUCCAGAUGUAGAAUGCAGCAAUGAUACCUUAAAUAAGGAGUCUUCCCAAAACUCAAAUAGUAUUGACUUAGCAAAUUCAGAUUCAAAAGAUACGUUUGUAAGUUCCAAGAAUAUGCCUCUGAGUUUACUUGUUUUUCAAUGGAUGAAAGAAGGAAGAAAUAUUGAAUCACCGCUUGUAACAGACGUCUCUACUAGCCUUUCGUCUUGUUUAUUUGUUGAACAACUGAUUUCGGAUCUUCUAAAGCCAUUUAUUUCUCAUGAUGAUAAUUCGGUUCUUGAUAGUUCUCCAAAUACAAUUUCCCGUAAACAGGAUUCUACAACAGAAUUCACUUGUGUAUCUGUUAUCACUGGUGGGACAUUUAGUCCCUCUGAAUCAGCAGCGAGUUCAAAUACUAAAAGUGAAGCAAAGUGUGAAGAGAAUGUAGAGAUGUUUAAGCCAGGUUUCACCAAUAAAUAUAUUAUAGUCGGUCGCAAUCGAAACGCCUGGAAAAGAGUUCUCAACGUAACUCAGACGGGACAGCAACCCAAAUCUAUCGCCAUUCCAAAAUCGUUAGAUAAAACAUCACAUAUCUGGCUUAUUGAAUUUACUUCUGAUUCUGGUAUUUAUUAUGAUGCAUCUUCACGAAUGCAACCAUUGAAAGUUAACAUUUCACCAAAUAUUUGCUCAGUAAACAUUGAAUCUAAUCCGCCCAUCAAAAGACUUUAUCGUAAUGAUGAAGCGUCUACUUGUGAAGCACGCUUUUUAUCUAACAAUGAUGCUAAGAGACGUGUAACUCAGUCAUCUGAUUUUCAUUGGUGUCUUACAGAUAGUUGUUGCAAUUCCGCUCUACUUGUAUCAAAGUUCCCAGAGUUUUGUCCUGUAAAAAUUGGAAUGAUUCAACACACAUCGGCUGAUACAAAUGAUAGUGCUCAUUUGGACCAAACUGAUCGUUCAGAUUCAAAUGAAUUCUUAUUUCAAAAUUACCCUAUAUUACAAGAAAAAUAUGGGAUAAAUAUACAUAUUCCUAGACAGAGCUUCUGUCUUAUAUAUGUAAAUGGGCGUCAUAUUCAAAUGUUUACUUAUAAUUGGACAAAAGAAGAAGCUGAACGUAUGUCAAACCGCUUACUAUUAUCUGUUGAAUGGUAUAAUCAACGUUAUCAGCUUUUAUGUUCACUAUCAUUUCAAAAGUUGGGCUUAUUUCAUGCGAUCAGUAAUUCAGCUUUUCGCGGUUGUGCUGCUCGUGCUAUGGAUUUGAUACGAAAUACAUGCCCUCCUGAGUUAAACAUUGGUACGGAUUCUCCGUGUACAGUAGUUAGUCAGACUUCAAGUAAUUUAUAUAAUACUUCGCCUUUAUCGUCAGUUUCAUCUACACCCAAUGCUCAAAUUUCUGUAUCAAGUAUUUCUAUGAAUAUUCUAUCAGCUGUGACUUCCAUUGCUCGCAGGCGAAAUGUAACACCAUCUACAGUUGAUAUGAAUACUAACUGUAUUAACAGCAGUAAUAUUUUUCACACUCCUUCCUCACCCGCCUUUCAAACUCAUUCGUCAUCUCUUCAUGGAACAAACAAUUCACGGAUGGAAUUUAAGGAACAUAAGAGUAUCAACAACUUCUUACGACUGUUUCAAGACUGUGGUUAUAUACCGCCUUUGAUACCACCUAGUAAUCCAAACUUACCGUACAUUGAUAUGUUACAACGGUACAGUGAGCAAGCCUUAACGUUAAUGCAUGCUGAUAUUCGGCGGUCUCAGUAUAUCGAAUUGUUCAGUGAAUAUUUUAGAAAUUGGCAAGAAGGUGGUAAAAACAAUACAGCAAAUAAAGAGUCAAAUCCAGUAAAAUCUAUACCAGUGAACAAGGAUACUGGACAGAAGUUUUCUCAUUCUAAGUCUGCAGUGGGAUCUGCUAAGGAACUUCUGCCCAGUGAUCAAUUGUUCAAACGGCUACAACGUUAUUCGGCUAUUAAACAAGCCUGUCGUCACUUGCACACCAUAUGUACUCCCAUAUUAUUUUGUCCUAAUACACGUUCAAAAGUUGUGCAGCUAAUCAAAGAAGAAGAAAAUGCUAUGAAUAAAACAGCUCAGUUAUACUUCAGUUCUAUUUCACGUCAUUCUUCUGCAGCUACACCUACGGACAUCACCGUUAUUUCUGCCAAUAAUACUGAUUCUACCAUUUCUGAUUUAACAGUACAUAAGGAAAUAGGUGAUUCGGAUAAAAUGCAUUAUCAUACCGAACAAGCUACAAACCAGUGUAAAUCCAGUGAAAAUGAAUCGGGCUCUUCAAAGGAUUUUUCUGUAAAGUCAACUCCUGUUAGACUAAAACAAGUAUCGGACGCCGGUGGGAGUCGUUUUUUAUCCCCGUGGCUAAGUUGGUCACACAAUUCAGCUACUCCGGGUAAUCUUGAUGACACAAAUAUACUUUCAACGGAUAUCUUACUUGCUGAUAACAAUUCAUGUGCUGACAAUUCGCAUCAUCACGAUAGUUGUUUUACUUCCGUCUUAAACUUCAAUAAUUGGUUACGUCGUGUAGCUCACCAAUUUCUAAUGAAAUAUUCUCAAUAUUUGCAACAAGAAGUAGGCUUUCAUUCAAUACCAAUUUUCAAUAGUUCCGUUUCAUUAAGUAGACGUGAACAGGCAGCAAAACCUUAUAUUAACUAUGCACUGUUUCGUCGUUCUAUACACUUAGCUGGAGUACACAUAAUUGAGCUGUUUGUCCGCGAUUUUCAUCUGUUCGUUAGAUUGGGUACUAUCGAAGUUAGUCGUUUUAGCUGGCAUGCUUCACGUUCUGUAACACUUGGGCCGUAUACAUCCGAAGUGAUUUCUCAAACGGCAGCAUCAGCUGCAGCCAGUAUGACAUCAGUUAUGUUCAAUGCAGUUUUUCGUCGAAAUAUGGAGAGGUCAUUUCGUUCGCCUAGUGCUAAUUCUUCUUUUAAUAUCAUAUCUAGUCCAUCAGAUGGGAAGUAUUCUGAUUGGUUUGAGUAUAGUAGUAAUCUUUCUUGGAACGAAUCAAGUAAACUCUGUGACUACACACAUCUCCAUUCAUUUUCGUACGACUUUCAUUUGCGUGCAAUUCAAGAUUAUUUAGAAAAUCGACGAUGCUUUCAACGAAGUCAGUGUUCUGAUGCAUCACGUAGACAAACUAGUGCAGUUGGAAGCGUAUAUUCUAAUGUGAUUACUAUUCCCGACUACCCUGUCACAAAAUUUCUAGAAGAUUUAACCUGUAUUGCUCAAAAAUUACCACUCUUUUCUCGGGGUUACUUAUGUUGCUUUCCUGUUACAUGCCAUGUUAGUUUAUGUCUGCGACCAGACCAAGUUUUUCAUCAUCUUAUCGAAGAACAUGCUUCCUACGGUGUAGAUAUUCUACGCAUGACUAGACGGGAAUAUAGUGCUUCCCAAACGAAUCCACCAUAUAACAAACAUUUAUCAUAUAAUUUUGCUUUAAUUGAGCAAUGUCAUCCUGAACAGGAAUCUGGAUGUUGUAGUUCACGUUCAACCAGUUCAGAUCAUCAUUCAAAAUAUCAACCAUGUUCAAAUUUAAGAAUGUCUUCUGAAUCGAAUUCUUCCUCUACCACUAACAGUAAAGAUCAGUCUUGUAAAUUUUCCGCUUUGGGAAUAGCUAGUGCACAUCACAUUGUUGAGAAUUUAACAAAGCUUGAUAGUGAACUUUCUAAUAGACAGUCAAUAUCCCAACCUUAUUCAGUAACAGGAAUUGUUGUUCCUGAUGAAGUUAACGGAACCUAUUCGGAUAUUAGAUCACCAGUAGAUGGAUCUAUUACAAAUAGACUACUUCAUUUGGUUGUAUAUCUAAUUAUUCUAGAUUCAAAACAUGAAUUUCCAGAAUCUAGACUUGCAAAAUUAAAUUCAAGUUCAUGUACACAAUGUCCAGUUGAUUGGCCAGCUAUUCGCCCUUGCGUUGAUCCGUGUUCAUUUACAUAUCAACCAACCCUUGUCAAUCGGAUACCUAAACCAUUUGGCAUUGAGGAUACAGAUAUUUCUAGUUUGACAGCGGAACGACAAUGUCAAAAUCUGAAUAUCUCCCCUACGGACUCUGGCGACUAUAGAAGAUUUUCAAAGCACUCUGAAAAUACUUUCGACAGCGAUGUACGAUGGCACAUGUCCUACUUAAGUAUGUGUCCUUCUCAUCAAGUUCAAUUACAUCGUGUACUUCGAAUAUCUCAAUCCAAUUUAGAAUCUCGGAUAACACAAUUAAUUGGUCGGUCUGGCGUUGAUUGUCAUAAGAAUCUACUCUGGUAUAAACUGUUCGAUACAAAUUCUUCUCUGGCUACUCAGAUUCUUUCGACGAAUAGUCGUUCUUUGUCCCAAGAUGCUGUUGAAACCAACUGUCGAGUGGAAGACGCUUCAUCUAUUUCUUUAGGCACCAACCUGAACCCGGUAGAUAGUUACCUAUGUCCUGUUCUGAACCAUCAGAGUCUAUCAAUGCGAGAGAUAGAAGAAUUAGUUGAUUCUGCACCAUUUCAGCUGGAUAUUCUACGUUUGGAUCCUCGUUUAAUUGAAUUGUUUAAUGUUGGUGGUUGCCAUUUGAACUCUGUCAGUGUAUUGUUAAACAAAGAAUUUAUUGAUUUACAGCAGAGUAGUCACCAUCAAAUUGACCAGAUGAAAUUGACUAUCAGUUCAAAAUUAUAUAAAUAUUCUACAUCGGAAACUAUACCAUGUAUAGCCUACCGAUUUAGUCAUUCAGUUGAGAGCAAAUUGGAUGAAGUAUCAAAUACCGAUCGUCAAUGUACACAAAAUUAUAUGGUCUUGUUAUCACCAUCGUUCACUGAAGGUCUUAUAUUUCUUAGUUGGUGUGAAAGUAGUAAUGAUGAAUGUGUUCUAGAUGAAUAUUCUACAGUUUACACAUCUUGUCAUAUGAAAAAUACGUACUCUGAUGGUGUUGGUACUAGGAAAAGUAGUUGUUUUAUAGAUGCCGGUGAGAACAAUGCAAAAACACCCCAAAGUCAUCAUAUGGAAAUAAGAAACCAUAAAUAUAAAGAUUUUCAAUUUCGUGCAGUUUUUCGAGCUGUUGGUGACCCAACCAAUCCGUCGUCAAUGCGCCGGUUAAUUGAUUCAGGUAGUGAAAUACAGAAUUUAUUUUUUAAAACGUCAACACUAGCUCUAGUAGCCACUAAUUUCAUUGAGAAACUCAGUUUUUUUGUUUGGAAAACAUUGCACAAUUGAUAAAAUCUUUUUGAUAUAAUUCUGCUCUGUUCGUUCAGUUUAAUUAAUUUGCAUUGAUGCAUGAUUUUCUACAACUUUUUAACUAACAACUAUCCUCCGCUUAAUCUUUUCUGUUGAAUAUUUUAUUUAUUUAAAUUAAAUUCGUGUCUAUAAUUUGUUUUGCAUAUUUAGACAUUAAUGAUGAUUGAUGAGGAGAAUCAUGACCGUACUUCUUUGCGUUGUUUUAUUCGUCUUUCUAUUUUGAUAAACGAGAAGAGAACUUUAUUUUACAGAACGUUUCUUUUUAUUAUUUUUAACAUGGUGAUUUGGUUAAGUCUAGUGGUGAGAAUGGUUACCAAAAAGCUGUUCUGAAAUUUUCCCAGGUACUGAGCUUUAUGUCUUUGAUGAUAUACGAGUUUAUUGUUAGAUCAUAAAUCCACCGACUAAAUGACAUCGUUUCAUAUUCCGAAUCCAUACUAGAAAACCAGGCCAAACUCGUUCCCCUAAUGUUUAUGGUGGCCUAUUCACUAAAGAAUUAUUCAAAGUGGAAAAUCAUACCUUUUGUUUAUUUUCUCUUCAGUGAAGGAAUUUUCUUAUUAUUAUUAGCUUUAUUCAAUAUUAUAUUUUUGGUACAACAAAGAUUUUUCAGCAUAAAAUAUUUGAGCGAAUUUCGCCUUCUUAUUUCUUGAUCGAUAUUGAUGAUAAUUGUUGAGUGAUUGUCAGUUAGAUGUUAGCAUUUCAAAAAUCGACAUUGAAUAAUGUUCAUUCUUUUAAUUGAGUUUUACAGGAAGCCAUUUCGGAAAAAUAUGGACGCAUUAUUGACUCUCAACCCAGGAGAAUGGACCAAUGGGGAGAACUUUUCAGGGAUCAGUUCAACUGGCCUUCAGCCACACUUCGGUUUCCCACGAUUCCCAGUCGACCUGAAUGGCUAAUUGAUGCAAGUCCUUCAACUCUUUACGAAGUUGAAAAAGCUACAGGAAAUCUGAAGCGAGAGAGAGCAGCAGACACUGGCAGGUUUACCCCUGAGAUUUUUAAGGAUGACGGUCCAGUAUUAGUAGCGAGACUGACUGAGGUCCUAGGUAGAAUUUGGGAACUGGACGUAAUCCCAUCUGACUGGUUUCAAUCACUGAUUGUGCCAGUCUAUAAGAAAGGACAAAAGUCCUCUUGUGACACUCACAGAGGAAUCAGUUUGACUAACAUUGUGUCUAAAAUAUUAGUCUCAAUAAUAAUUUGACACCAAAACUAAGCUUUUGAAGAGCAAACUAGAGAAAAUCAGGUUGGUUUACAACCAGAACGUGGCCGUAUAGGCCAGAUAUUCAUACUGCGUCAAGUCCUAGAACAUAGACACACAUUCAGACGCCCCACAAUCGUAGUAUUUCUCGGACUUAAGGCGGCAUUCGACUCUGUUGAUCGUAAGGUUCUAUGGCAGUGUUUGUCACUGAAAGGAGUACCAAAGAAGUACAUUAACCUUAUACAGGCUCUCUACUCGAACACAACUGGUAGAGUGAGAGCUUAUGGCGAACUGUCAUCAAAAUUGAUUGCCUCAAGUGGUGUUCGUCAGGGCUGUCCACUCUCUCCAUUCCUGUUCAACUUUGUCAUUGACGUACUUUUAGAGAUAACACUUUCCUCGUCUAGAUUUCCAGGGGGUUGAACUUCUACCAGGAGGUUCACUUGUUGACUUAGAAUAUGCUGAUGACAUAGUUUUAUUUGGCGAAGACGCUGACAAAAUGCAGUCUUCUGACCACUCUAAGCAACAAUGCAAGCAUGUUCAGGAUGCGAUUCUCCCCCUCGAAAUAAAUAUAAUGUUGAUAAAACAUCUCAUCAAUCAUAAACUAGGUGUUAAUAUUCUGUUAUGUGGAAUAUAUGAUACAAUCUCUCACUAUUACUCUUUAGUAAAUAUAAUAAUCAAUUUUUAUUUAAUCGAUGUUUUAUGGCGUAGGAGUAGGUUGAAAGAAGGCUAGGAGCGACCAGACCACAACACGGCACAAAUACAUGAAGUCAUUGACAAGUGGACUGAGCCAUGUUAGUAGGUGUAGACUACUUGGUUGGAAUCCAUGGGAUGACAGCAGUCAAUGGUUAGAGACCUUGAAUGACAUGGCUUAAAGUCGUUUGCAACGACACGAGUCCAUCCACUCUUUGUGUUCUCCCAAAUUUUAAUCUUCUGGAUUCUCACGUCCCUUAUUUUUUCUCUUUCCAAAUUUAUUUCACUGGAUUGUACUCCUUGAAUAACAUCUUCAAACCCUAGUAUUUACGAUUACUGCUUAUACUCUUACUACUUUUACCACUAUGAUAUUUGAAUCAACAAUUGUAUCUAUGUGCUAAUGUGGUAUGGCAACUCGAACUGAUGUACGUACGUACGAAGUUCUACGUUGUUGCUAACUUACCGACUGAAAUGUGAUUGUCCGUUUACCACAAAACAUAUUGAUCAUUUCUUUUUAUUGAUUUGUUAGGUAGCAGAUAGAUCCCACUUAAUAUUAUGUGCAUGAUGAUAACUGACUAUAGUAAGUCUCAAAUGAAGAAAGUGAAUCUUUUUUUAAUGUUAUCCAAAAUAUUCGCUUCUGUUCCAACAUAAUUCAUUGUAAAGUUUCAGUCAGGUUCUCACAUCUAACUGCUUGUUAUUCUGAUUUUCUAUUCAGUAUACAGACUUUAUUAAUCAAACGUUUAUCAGUACUUGUACAACAUCCCAAUUAUAAUAUUUUUUUUAGGCUGGA